AUGCCAGCAGCAACUACUUUGGGAUAUGCCGGAUGGGCAGCUUUUGGUGUUUUGGUUAGAGGUUUCCAACUCGGUGUCUUGAACAGACCACUUUCAUCUGGUAAAGCCGGUUAUGUCUAUUCCGCUGCGUUCUGGACAGGUCUUGGAUACGUAUUUUACAAAGUUGUUGACCACAACGAUGCUCUUAUUGAACAAAGAGUCAACCAACUCCAAGAUGCUAGAGCCAAGUUUGCUAAGGAGCAGUGA